AUGUCGCUUGGUACUACUUUCGGAGGCGAUUGUUGCCCGAACGGCUAUAUGUGCGCAACGGCAACGGACGCACCGUGUCGUCUGACGCUCAGGCUGGACUUCGUCACUGAAACAAUAACGAGCACCGUCGGGUCAAUGGUGAGCGUAUGGACAACGACGAGCGCGAUCGACCCCCCUUCAACCGCUGCAGACCGUGUACCCGAAAUCUCCAGUUCUGACAGUAGUUUAACUGCGUCACAAAUUGGGGGUAUCAUCGGCGGUGUUCUAGGCGCCGUCCUUGCGAUAAUAACCGUGGUUGUGCUCUUGAUACGCCGCCGCCGAAAAGAACUGCUCGCCGCAGGCCACUCGGAAAGGGUGUUCCAAAAAGGGGAGUUGGACGGACAGGGGUGGCAGCGUGCAGAGCUACAGGAGAUGGCUUCGGGAAAUCACAUCGUGCCCGCCGAGCUGGCCGGCGGUCAUUCGCAGCAUGAGCUUGUCGGAAGUUACGAAGCCCAUGGAACAUCGGAGCUGCAUGGCUCUAGGCCCUAUUAUUCGCCAUUGGGAACAAACACCUAG